UUUUGACAGUGAAGACUUUCAUCCAGGAUACAAUGAACUUUUCACUCCAUUGCCUUCUCCAUCUCUCAGUGCUUCAUAUCUGCACACGCGAAUCAGAGUCUUCACUGAGGAUAAAGCAUAACAGUUAUGAGAGAGCUGUUCUAGGGAGAAAUGUGACCAUCUUCUGCAACUUGACAAGUCUGGCGAAUGUUGAGCAAGUCACCUGGCAGAAAGUUCAAGGUCCAUUGCUUCAAAAUAUCGGCACUUACAGCUAUAAAUAUGGAGAAAAUAUUAUCCCACCAUAUGUAAACAGGCUGCACUGCAAGAUCCUGGAACCCAAUGCCUCCUUCAUAACCAUCCAAAAAGUGACAUUUGAAGAUGAAGCCUGCUACAAGUGUCUGUUUAACACCUUUCCAUAUGGCAGCCAUGGAGGACAAACCUGCCUCAACGUCCAAACUGUAUCUGAAUUAGCAACUGAACUCCAUCCUGUUCCUGGCUCUGAAGAUCUUCUUAGCCUUCGCUGUUCAGCUGUGGGAAAGCCUGCUCCUGGAAUCUCCAUUUACCCUUCACAAGCCCUAGUGUCCACGCGGGAAGAGUACUUUACCAAGAACCCAAAUAGCACAGUGACCAUCUCUAAAAUAAACAACAUCUCUUUGAAAACUGUUAGGUCCUUGGGCCUCCGGCACCUGGUUGUGUCCAUGACUCACCCCCUAGGAUAUGAAGAGAAGAUAGUUCCUCUGCCAGUAAAGCAAGAGGGGACCAUGCAUCAUGUUUCAAAUUGGAAGAAGACUGCAGUUGUAUUCAUUAUUCUGUUUUUAGUUUCGAGUAUCAUCCUUGGGACCUUUCUCUAUAUUAAUUUAAACAAAAAAAGGUCAGAACCAUCAACAAAGGUGACCACACAGCCAUCAACAGAGACUGAGAAUUUAAUGAGCCAACCUUGUCAGACGAAGGUAUAA